GUGGUACAAGCUUCGCUCCAAACCAGGGAAAAAGGAGAAGGAGAGAGGGGAGAUCGAAGUGGAUAUCCAGUUCAUGAGGAGCAACAUGACAGCCAGCAUGUUUGAUCUGUCCAUGAAGGACAAGCCUCGCUCUCCCUUUGGCAAGCUCAAAGACAAGCUCAAGGGGAAGAGGAGCAGUGGCCUCUCCGACACGGCCUCGGCGAUCAUUCCCAGUACAUCUCACUCCCCUGCUGACAGCGAGGAUGAGGCAGUUGAGAAGGAAAAGAAGAAAUCCAAGCUCAAAACGCUGUUUUCCAAGCCUGGCCUGCAGAAGACCUCCCUCUCCCAGUCCAUGUCAGUCCUACCAACACAGCAGCCCGUCACCCAGAGGGUUCGGCUUCGGCCCAGUGACUUCCAGUCGCAAUGGGAUGACGAGGAGUCCGAGACCUCUCCAACCUCUGAAAAGUCCUUUGGAAAUGCCCUGGAAGAGAAGUCCUCUCCUUCUCCUGUAUUUAAGUCUCGCAAAACAGCAAUUCUGGACAGCAGGCAACUAACCCAGGUGACCACGACCCACCCCAAGAAGGAAGGGCUCUCUUUAUUCAGUGGCCUUAAAUCCAAAAGCGAUCCCGUCUCCAAGUCCAGUCUGUGUAUCAAUGGCAGUCACGUUUAUAUGGAAGAGAGCAGCAUGAAGGACAACACUCCAGCCUCUUCCCCCUCUCCUCACAACUUCAGGAGGAAGCAGCUCUUUGCUUCAGAAGAGAACCUGUCUUCCAGACCUACUAAAGGACCUGAAGAGAUGGGAAGAACAUCUCCCAGUCAUGCUUCCUCUGGGCCAACGUCCUUGGAGACCUUUAAGUCUAUGACUUUGCCAUCAUACAGACUGCUUAGCAGUGAAGAAUACCUGGAAACCAGUGUUCCCCCAAGUGUUGAGGUUAUUAAAGAGACCAAAAAAACAGAGCACAAAAAGUCUGCCUUGCUCUCUCUGGUCACUGGGAAGAAGGAAGUGGUGAAGACUGGGGAUGCUGAGAAUAUUCCUGACAGGACCCUGCAGGAUGAGGAAAACACAAUUCCAGAAGAGGAGAGUGAACAAGAGGCCAAAUGUCUUGAACCUCCAGCAGAUUCGGGCGGAGGGAAUCCUGCGGAAGACGGUCACCAUGCAGAAGACAUCUCUGCAAACAAGCAGCCUCUCAACCCUUUUGAGGAAGAACAGAAACCUGAGAAAGCUGCUGCCCCAUCCAAGACCAAAGCUGUGAAGCCCAG